UGGGAGGAGGGUGUGCGUCGUUUUAGCUCGCGGUUCUUCUGGUCUUUAAAUCUACCAAGAAAAAAAAGACCUUUUCUGCUGGAGUUUCUUAUAUAUUUGGAUUAAUUUUCUUUUGCCUUAUUCUGGUGUCGCUGCGAAAAUAGCAGAGAUGAGUUCAGGAGUAUGUCCCUUCACGCUCACCAAGAAUCUCCUGUACCACACCCUCCUGACGGGGGUGCUGCUAGUGGUGGCAGUGACCCAGGGCAUCUUCCUCGACGUCUACAUCAUCAGCAAUGACCACACAGCCAUCGUCAACUACUUCUGGCUCAUCCCAGACUUCCUGAUGGUGUUUGGCUUCGUGGCCGCCAUGUCCUCGGGCUACAGAAACUGCAAGCAGGAGCGGCACCCGCCCAACGUCAACGUGGAAGGCAAGCGGAAGGAGGAGGGCACCAGGUGGCGGAAAGUGGAGGGCAUUCUGGGCAAGCAUGCCAUGCCCUUUUACGUCUGGAUGGUUUACUCUGUGCUGCUGGUGGCCAAGGUGGUCAUCAUCUUCAAGUCGGAGAUCCCCAACAAGAUCGACACAGCGGAUCGUCUGAGCCCCCAGCUGCUCAAGGUUGUUCUGUCACUGUCGUGCAUUGUGUUUGCACUCCUGGUUGAAGGCCAGGCGACGGUUGGAGCCAGCUCUGAAAGGGAGACGUACAUUAGGUCGCUUGCACAAGGGACUGCCAUGGAGAUACUAGACUCGGUUACAUUCAUUUCACUCUUAAUACAGUCAGAGUCAGGAUUUCUCUUCCCUGACUAUAUGGAAAACAUCAUCAUUGCAUUUUCAUGUAUGAACUUCUUCCUACCUGGGAUAGCUUUGGUGAAACUGAGUCGUAGUAAUUAUGGCAACAGUGCUAUUUGUCUAGUGUCCUCCAUUGUUUACAAAAUGAGUCACCUGUGGCUGAUCAACUUGUCAUAUUUUAUCAUCCGAGUCCACCUGUGGGCGGGCCUAUCAUUAUCGGUGUCGCCCUUCAUCGUUAAAAACCUGUGCAACAUGUUCGUCACCAUGAAGUCUGUCUGGGGAGACCUGAAGCAGUUAAAAGUUGUUCUGCACAACUACACGAACCGCAAGAGGCGAGUGCAUGGCAACGCAGGGAUCACACCAGUUGUCGACCUGAACGCUGGAAAUGGCAGUUCGGAGUGGAUGCAGGCGGGAAGUGACAGGUUUGAGGAAAUCGAUCUGAAGAGUGACAUACCACGUAGUAAUACUGACGUGGUUGAUAAGUAACUCCAUAACUUUUAAAUUUUUUUUAACCUUUGAUUUUUUUAUUUUUUUUUCAAACUACAAAGGCUGUGAUGAUAGAUAGAAUCUGAUAAAUGUGUUAAGAGUUAUGCAAACAUAUCAGAAGAAAUCCUUGGUAAGUGUUUUCUCAUGCAUGAUACUGUUUUAUAAUCAAAAUUAAUGGUUAUAAGGAUUUACCUGAUACUUGCAGUGAUAUUUCAAAAUAUGGUGAUGAAAGUGUGCGAGUACAAGACUCAAGCUUUAUUAUAGCUAAAGGAUAAUUGAUUAUGAAAUUGACUCUGUUGCUGAUGCUGGUAGGACUACUACUGUUAUUACUGUUCCUGCUACUACUACUUAAUUCAACUAUUACUUACUAUGACUACUCCUUACUACAAUUACUACUUAUUACAAAUGCUACUUAUUAUGAUCAAUACUACUACCACUAAAACAACAACAACUACUAUUACUACUACUAUUAUUACUACUGCAAUUACUACUAUUACUACAAUUACUACUAUUACUACAACAGUGACACUUAUUACUACUACAUCAUCAUCAACUACUACUACUGCUAUGCAACUUAACAACCUUUGUCUUGGCACAAAUACAAAUUCUUUCCUUGCUGUAUUGUCUUUUUAUGUACUGUGGGAUGUCUAUAAUUAUUAGCAAAAGUAAGUUUACAUAAUAUUGUAUGUUCUGUGUUUGUUAAAUAAUACAUUUUAUGAAGGGAACCAUGCCAUUUACAUUUAUUAUGCAAAGAAAUAGAAAUAAUUUGUCAUCUCUCAUCGAAUGUCGAUCCAAAUAUUUUGAAAUCUCAGGAAAUAAUCUCAAUUUUUGUGUGAUUUUUUGUUUUUGUUUUUGUUUUUUUUGCUUGUGUUUGUCUGCUUUAUUUAUUAGGAUGUUGCACUUACCUUUAUUUUCUCAGGCAAAAAAGAAAAGGGAAAGUAAUGUGUAUUGCUUUUUAAAUUAUUAUUUUUUUUAUGUUGCUUUUUUCUGUAUUUUUAUCUUAUUAUUUUAUUAGUUGUCGAAUGCAUGGGAAUACUAUAAUGCUACAGUAAUCAGUUCCUUUAACUUCUAAAAUUCUCUCCCUCUCUCCCUCUGUCUCUCUCUUUUCUUUCUGUAUCUGGAUGGCAGUAUGGCACUUUGUGUGAAUAUUGCAUAUGUUGAAUAAAAACAGUUUUUAGUAUUAUUUCUUAUUGUAUUUAUUUAUUUGUCAGUUUAUUUAACAGAAUGGAAAAAAAAGUAUGUUGGAUCCUGAAAUAAAUUUGAUGCUUGAUUGAUUCUAGAUAAAAUAUUUUUCUUUCUUUUCUCUAUAACUUGCACAAACAAUUGGAAAUCUUUACAGUUAACUUCUAAGCAUACAUUACUAAAAUAUAAAGGUCCUGCAUCCUGUCCUGUUUUAUUUAGGGUUAGGUUUUUAAAAAAUUCAACCUCCAUUCUAUAUGCACUACC